AUCGCUUCAACCCGGGAGGCAGAAAUUGCCAUGAGCCAACAUUGCACCACUGCACUCCAGCCUGGGUGACAGAGGAAAUGCAAGCAGGGAUACUGCUUGGGAGGCCAUUGAAAUAAUCAAGGCAUGAAAUGGUGGUAGACUUGUGCAGGGUAGAAUCGUUGCAGGUGGUAAGAAGUUGUUAAAUUCCAGAUACAUUUUAAAGGUAACAUUGGUGGACUGAAGCAAAUCUCAAGAGUUAUCUGAUUCAACUUUUCACCUGGAAUCCCUGGCAUAUGGACUCCCAGUAACAGGGAGGAUACCCACGACCUUAAGACAGCCAUUCCACUGCUGGGGGUGACUGCUAGAGAGGGCUUCCUUCCUGAACACAGGCACUCCUCUGCCUGCUGGGGAAGUUUUCAACUUAAAACCUGCUUCUGCUCCCCUUCUCCCCCAACCCAGCAGGGAGGCCAAAAUAAGUCAAUCCUCAACUCCUCCCUUCUCUGUAUCCCUCUGCUUUCUUCUGCCCCUGUACCUGAUCAGGACAAGUGGAAUACCUAUCCCAUACAAUAGGCCUUCAAGUAUUUGAAGGUGCUGUCACAUCUGCCAUAAAAUCUUCUCCGAGCUAAAAUGUCCCUAUUCCUACACUGAUUCCCAUAAGUCAGGCUUAAAUAUCCACUUGAACAAGCUCUGGUUUGUCAAUGCUAUUCUUGAAAUGUGGCACAGAACAGAAUCCAUCCCCAAUGACUCUUUAAGUAUCCAAACGUGGCCUGACCAGGAAGACCUCAGGGGGGACUUUUUCUUUUUGAAAUCUGCCAACUCUGCUUCUAUUUACAUAGCCCAAGACUCAGUCCAAUUCUUGGUUCCUGAAUUACAUUUUCUCAUUAAAUCUUGGACCCAACCAGAUAUACAAGCUCUUUUCUAUCGGAACUUCUGCCAAAAAUCUCUCCCCAUCUUUCUGCCCACUUUCUUACCCUCAUCUACUGGCCUAUCUUGUAGUUUUGCAAUGGAUUGUUUUUUAAUUUAAAUGAAAUACAAUUUGUUAAAAUCCCUGCUGGGUUUUAGCUUGCUGUUUUGACCCAGCAUUCUAUCUGGCAGAGGUACCUACCACUUUUGAACCUUGCUUCAAUCUACCACCACGUCCUCCCAAAACAAACAAUCUUACUAUGAACAUCUUAGCUGGUGCCCAGGUGGGGCUAACUUUAACACUAAAUGCCUCUUCAGUCUGGUAUGUUUCAGUGGGGCUCUCAGAACACUGACUCAUUGGCAUCCAACAAUUCUGUGAGGUUUUAGAUGGAGCCUGGCCUCAGAACCAAAAGGCUCAUUCAUCAAGUAAACGUAUUCCUCAUGAGUUUCCUGUCCACGGACUCCUGGGCUAGGGUCUGGACCAUGGUAAAAAGGAAACAGAGGAGAUACGAAAAGAAAUGGAAAUCAUGGUACCUGAGCUAAGACCAACACAGUAACCCUCCAUGCAAGAGAAACUGGCCUCAAGUGGGGAGAUGGAUCCCAAAUUGCUGAAGCUGUGGGGAUGAGUGAUAAGAAGUGACAGGAGAAACCUGCCUUGGUUUGAGAUGGAUUGCAUUGUCAACCAAAUGCUGCAUAUUGCCCAGUACCUGGAGUGGGAUCCUAUAGAGCUAAGGCCUAUACUGAAGGAGAUGUUGCAAGGGAUGGACUACGACCGGGACGGCUUUGUGUCUCUACAGGAAUGGGUCCACGGCGGGAUGACCACCAUCCCGUUGCUGGUCCUCCUGGGGAUGGACGACUCUGGCUCCAAAGGGGAUGGACGGCACGCCUGGACCAUGAAGCAUUUCAAGAAACCGACCUACUGCAACUUCUGCCAUAUCAUGCUCAUGGGCGUUCGCAAGCAAGGCCUGUGCUGCACUUACUGUAAAUACACUGUCCACGAACGCUGUGUAUCCAAAAACAUUCCUGGGUGUGUCAAAACGUACUCAAAAGCCAAAAGGAGUGGCGAGGUAAUGCAGCACGCAUGGGUGGAAGGGAACUCCUCCGUCAAGUGUGACCGGUGCCACAAAAGUAUCAAGUGCUACCAGAGUGUCACCGCGCGGCACUGCGUGUGGUGCCGGAUGACGUUUCACCGCAAGUGUGAAUUAUCAACGUUGUGUGACGGCGGGGAACUCAGAGAUCACAUCUUGCUGCCCACCUCAAUAUGCCCCAUCACCCGGGACAGGCCAGGUGGGAAGUCUGAUGGCUGCGUGUCUACCAAGGGCGAACUUGUAAUGCAGUAUAAGAUCAUCCCCACACCGGGUACCCACCCCCUGCUGGUCUUGGUGAACCCCAAGAGUGGAGGGAGACAAGGAGAAAGAAUUCUUCGGAAAUUCCACUAUCUGCUCAACCCCAAACAAGUUUUCAACCUGGACAAUGGGGGGCCUACUCCAGGGCUGAACUUUUUCCGUGACACUCCAGACUUCCGUGUUUUGGCCUGUGGCGGAGAUGGGACAGUCGGCUGGAUUUUGGAUUGCAUUGAUAAGGCCAACUUUGCAAAGCAUCCACCAGUGGCUGUCCUGCCUCUUGGAACAGGAAAUGACCUUGCCCGCUGUCUCCGCUGGGGAGGAGGUUAUGAAGGGGGCAGCUUGACAAAAAUCCUCAAGGACAUUGAGCAGAGCCCCUUGGUGAUGCUGGACCGCUGGCAUCUGGAAGUCAUCCCCAGAGAGGAAGUGGAAAACGGGGACCAGGUCCCAUACAGCAUCAUGAACAACUAUUUCUCCAUUGGUGUGGAUGCUUCCAUUGCACACAGAUUCCAUGUGAUGAGAGAGAAACACCCUGAAAAAUUCAACAGCAGGAUGAAGAACAAGCUGUGGUACUUCGAAUUUGGCACCUCGGAGACUUUUGCAGCAACCUGCAAGAAACUCCAUGACCACAUUGAGUUGGAGUGUGAUGGGGUUGGGGUGGACCUGAGCAACAUCUUCCUGGAAGGCAUUGCCAUUCUCAACAUUCCCAGCAUGUACGGAGGCACCAAUCUCUGGGGAGAAAACAAGAAGAACCGGGCUGUGAUCCGGGAAAGCAGGAAGGGUGUCACUGACCCCAAAGAACUGAAAUUCUGCGUCCAAGACCUCAGUGACCAACUCCUUGAAGUGGUGGGGCUAGAAGGAGCCAUGGAGAUGGGGCAGAUCUACACCGGCCUGAAGAGUGCGGGCAGAAGGCUGGCCCAGUGUUCCUCUGUCACCAUCAGGACAAACAAGCUGCUGCCAAUGCAAGUGGAUGGAGAGCCCUGGAUGCAGCCACGUUGCAUGAUUAAAAUUACUCACAAGAACCAAGCGCCCAUGAUGAUGGGGCCUCCCCAGAAGAGCAGCUUCUUCUCGUUGAGGAGGAAGAGUCGUUCGAAAGACUAAACAGUGUGCCAAACACCAGCUAAACCAAGAGAGAAAAAAAGAGACUGUAAUGCACACUCACACACACACAUUGACGUGCACACUCACACAUGCACACACACAUGCACACAUACACACUCUUCUCCAACCAGUGGAAGCAAAGCCACCCUUCGAGAAGAAAACUUCACCUUGCCAUACAUUCUGUCUAUCUCAACAUCGGGUACACCCCUAACAGAGCCAGUGCCAACAAAACAUUUCGAAUGGACUUAGGUCCCAAAAGGGUGUGGCUGGCUCAUGCAGUGACCUCCACAUCCCCACAGGCCUCGACUCGAAUUUUCUGAGACUGAGGAGAAAUCCCCCUUUCUUUCUACCAGCUCUGUAAGUUUCCUCACGGACACUCGCGAGGAGCAGGCUGUAGGUUUCCUGCCUAUGGUGAGAUCGGAUGUGGCCAAGAGAAGGAGCUCUGGUUCCAGAGGAUUUGCACAAAGGCCCCUCUGUACAGAGACGAAACGGCCUCCGGCUCUCAGGGCAUAAUCCUUGGCAGGGCUCAGCAGGCGCACGUUGGUUUCUCGGUCGUCCUUUGAGUGACAACUUCUCCCUGAACCCGCUGAGGAGGCAGAAAGGCCGUGGAAAGCUGUAUGUCCAUUCUUGGGUUUCUGCACCAUCAGUGGGCACUUGUUCCUUUCCCGGAGCCUUCUCCUGGUGGCUGUGUGUUUGUUUAGAGGUGGCUCCAACAGCCCCCAGAGCUGCCUGCACAGCACACCUUAGAUGUGGUAUUUAUUUUCUUAGUUCUGUGAACACCUGGGAGGGAAAGCGGAGAAACUGGGAUUUAUUUUUCAAAUUGGUGUCAUAAUAUUGUGUAAAAAGGGAAGGAAAAAAAAAAAAACCACCCCCAGCUUCUUUCUUUUUCAAGCCAAAGCGUGUUUCCUGUUUGAGUUCCAAGCCCUGGCGGCAGACUAUUCCUGAAGGCAGAAAAGAUGGGAAGGAAGGAACUUUGCUGGGGAAACCGGGAGACAGCGCCCUCCUGCUGCUUUGCACUCACCACUCCCAGAAUAUGAGUGCAAGGUCAUACUUUGGGAUGGUCUUAUGUGUGUGUCUGUGUAUAUAUAUAUAUCUAGCCUAUAUAUAUAUAUAUAAAUAUUUAUUUACUGAUGGACUUUUCCUGAUUGGAAUAAAACAUAGGUAGUAUGGGACAGAAAGUGGUAAAGAAAAAAAGGUUCCUACUCCCCUCACUCCACCAUUUCAUUGUCAGGAUGCAGCUCCCGGCCGCAGAUGAUCACAGGGGUUACGGGGAAUGAAAGCAGCUCCUUAUUAGGAAAGAAGAGACUGAGAACUCCUAUUCUGGAGCCUCAAAACAAGCAUGAAAGACAUGCUGGGCUGGAUUUACUGUCCCAUUUGUCAGAUAAGAAGAUUGAGUCUCAGAAAAGUUCAGAGACUUCUCCAUGGUGUCUUGGCUAAUAUGGCUUGAGAGUAGGUGCCGUGACAAAGAUAUUUAAUAGAGAAAAGAACCCACGCAUCUUAGAAGAGGGUCAUUUCUGGUCACUGAAAAGUGAUUCCACUUGGAUCCAGGUUUCCAGGGAGGAAAAAAAAAAAAUAAGCCCACACAGGAAAACAAGAGCCUCGUGCUACGUCCCAGAGGUUCUCUGGCCUGAAUGGAAAAGAAGUUGGGCUGAGGUUGAAGGUACUAAACAGAUCAUCAGAUUGAACUCGCCGCAUGUCACCUCGUCAUGGUCAUCACAGUCUCUUAUUUGGAAACAACCUUGGUGGCUGCAGGGAUUACCUCAGUGGAGAGUUGCAAGGAGGACUGAGGCAUCUUCUGGAAGAUCCUGCCAGCCAGGACAGAGGGGUCUCAGCAGAGUUCAGUGGGCUUCACUCAGCAGGUGCCAGCACGAUCCUCCUUCUCAAGGCAAGGCCCUGCAGAUCUUCACUGGGCCUCCAUCCCUCUCUGAGAUUUCUCAGUGGAAACUUGGGCCUGCUUGAUAUCGCUCCACUGAGCUGCCUCCAAUCCCCUUGCAUGGGGCAGGAGCUUUGCACAAAGAAGGGAAUAUUAAGAUUGUGUGUACAAAAGGCGCUUAACCGUGAAGGACCAUCUAGGACCAAGAUCUGGGACCAUUCUGCCCAACCUAACAGUGCAGAAUGCUGAGUAAGGGGAGGGAGAACUAGGCCACCUGAAGAAUAUCUUUCAUGAUGGGAUCCUUGGUGAUGGGGCCAACAAGCUCCAGAAUUACUACAGGCACUAUCUUGGAAGCCACUUGAUUCUGAAACUGAGGCAGGUUCAGGUCUCACAGAAGUUUGCACAUGUGUUUCAGCCAUGAUCCCCCAAGACUGAGGCUGCUGAGACAUGGCACUCUCAGCAGGUGAAAUUGAUUCUCAGAGACUCACAGGUCUCAUGAAGAAGCUGUGCGGAAAUGGCCGUACCUGCUGUACCCUAGUGCACAGAAACUUCCAGUGUUGCUUGAGAGACACAUCCCAAGUCCCUCCUAGAGGCAUAGACUAUAACGAACUUCGGUGGAAUUGCACUUCCGAUUUGGUAACCUUAGUAAAUCUUGUGUUGGUGUUUGAUUGUGCCUUGCAAAUCAUCCUUUAAACACUAUGACUGUGGUUUCUUAUUGUGGAGUCCCUCAUCAUAGUGACCCUCAUAGCAACCUCUGAAGUUAGCAGAGAAGGUAUUAUCUCAAUCUUAAUGAGGAGAGAAAGGCUUAAUGACAUUUAGUGACUUCUCACAGCCACAUGGUUAGUCAGGGGAGAACCUAGGCCCUUAUUUCUUAUUCUGAUUCUGGCCAUGCUACAGACAUGUUCUCACCUGCCCCCCCCCC